AUGAGCCCCGACAGCAGUCAAAAGAAAAAGGACCGCCUCGCGCGUGUGCGGGAGAACCAGCGCAAAAGCAGAGCCAAGAAGCAGGAGUAUCUGCAAGAGCUCGAGCAGAAACUGGUAACAUGCCAGAAUGAGGCUCGUCAAAGGGACAUCGCGCAUCGGCUGGCUCUGCAAAAGGUCGAGGCCGAGAACCGGCAUCUGAAAACACUGCUUGGCUCAUUGGGCAUCUCGACGGAAUUGCUUCAACAGUAUGUGCAACUGGCAGAUCAAGGGGCUGCCAUCGACCGGAAGGUGGCCAUUCCUGCCAUGCAACGGUCUGCAAACACGUCCUCCACAGAGCCAGCCAACGAGGGCGAGAGCUUCCCACCAUCGGACCGACUCACAAAGAAGGCGCUGGCCGAAGGCGGCCAAGUUCAUGACCCUAUUGCUGGAGCCACAAAAAAAUCAGCCGACGAAGAUUUGCGAUCGCCAGAUCCGCCUCUAUGCAAAUGCGCUCCCGGGGAAAGAGAUCUAGCCUCCGGACCUGUUGAUGGCGAUGUGUUGAACACGACGCUGUGCGCCAUCGCUGAAGAGCUUAUCAGCCAGUACAACACCCGUGGAACAGACCUCGAAGAGAUCCGGCAACGACUAUGGGCUGGCUUUCAAUCAGGAGUCACUGGUGAUGGAUGCCGAGUACAGAAUACUGUACUUUUCCAAGUAUUGGAUGAAAUUAGCCACGAUAUCUGA